AUGGAACCAUCAGUGCCUCUGUAUGAACUGGAAUCUGUGGCGUGUUCAGCGCAGCACAGCGGCGCUUUAGCAGCGCUGCGACUGCUUCGGAGCUACAACCAUUUUCUUGUACCACCGGAUGUACACAAUGUAGUGGGUCCACUCCUCGCAGCGCUACCUCCUCAGCCGCACUGUUUACCACCAUACUGCCAUCACAUACCACCAAGGACAACUCUUCUACCAUCACCAGUAAGCGAGGUGGAAAUCAGGAGACGAGGUGAAAAGCGCCCCAUUCCUGCAGAAUUGAAAGAUGAAAAAUACUUCGAACGACGCCGUAGGAACAACCAAGCAGCCAAGAAGUCCAGGGAUGCGAGGAGGAUCAGGGAAGAUCAGGUGUGGAGCACUAAAAUAAUUGCCUGGCGGGCCUGUAUCCUGGAGCAGGAGAACGCAUCUCUUCGGGCUCAUGUCUCAGCGCUCCAACAAGAGGCUUUAACUCUUCGAUCAUUGCUGGCCUCCAGAGAUGAGACUCCAGAUCCAUCGUCGACCACACCAGAUUAA